UCAGACCUGUUCCAGAGAGAAGAGCCAAAGACUAAGCAGGAAAUGCAGGAAUUUCUGGCUUGGCAGCAGGACCUGGACAGUAACAGCAAAAACCCUGGGCAAGCUAGACCGACUGUGUUCUGCUGGUCGGGGGUCGGCAAGGAAGUGUUUGUGUCCGGCUCUUUUAACAACUGGGCCACCAAAAUCCCACUCAACAGAAGUCAGAAAAACUUUGUGGCUAUAGUGGACCUGCCUGAGGGAGAGCACCAGUAUAAGUUCUGUGUAGAUGGUCAGUGGACUUUGGAUCCUAAUGGCGCUGUGAUGACAUCUAAAACUGGAACAGUCAAUAACGUGAUCCAAGUGAAGAGAACUGACUUUGAAGUCUUUGAUGCCCUCAGGCUUGACUCACAGGAUUCUGCAGACAUCUCAGAGUUAUCCAGUUCCCCUCCUGGCCCAUACCAACAGGACACGUAUGUGGCCAAGUCGGAGGACAAGCUCAAACCUCCUCCUAAAUUACCUCCCCACCUGCUGCAAGUGCUGCUCAACAAGGAUACAGGUGUCUCUUGUGACCCGACGUUGCUUCCAGAGCCCAAUCAUGUGAUGCUUAAUCACCUGUACGCCCUCUCCAUCAAGGACGGGGUGAUGGUCCUCAGUGCAACACACCGAUACAAAAAGAAGUAUGUGACCACUCUUCUCUACAAGCCAGUAUAAUCCAAAGAACCAUGAUCCAGCCUCUUUAUUUUGAAAUCUUUUGUAUUGUUAAUCUAGUUGUUGUACACAGCUGAUAUUUGGAUUGUUUUGUUGAAACUGGACCAAAAAGUCUUCCUCAUUUGUCUGAGCUGUCAUUGGUAUCUUCGUGGAUAUUUUAGUUGCUGCACAGUGUCUGAUCCAACCAUACAACCUAAAAACAGGGGUCAAGUGAGGUUUUCAUUGCAUCCUCACUUAAUCCAGAUGACGAUUGACUGAGCACAUUUAACUAAUGUUCUCCUUUCAGGUAACAAAUUACAGUCCUAGAAACAAA